AAUAGAAAAUACGAAUACUCAUUAACGGCUGAAUUUAUUAAACAGUUAAACUCGUUCUUCACAUUUGAUUAGAUUUGAGGAAAGAAAAACAAAAACAAAAGCAAACACACUUAAGUGCUUUGUUGCGCGAUUCAUGCGCCGCAGACACUUUAGACAAGGUGUCUUCAACACAGAUUCAUUGUGAUUUCGCCGCUCGAUAAAGACGCAUUUCGAAUUUCACAUUUCGCUUGGCGGCGCGCAAACUAAACUUCGCUAAAAUUCAAUUCGACAUUUUCUAAAAUCACUAAUAACGUGUUGUAAACAAAUAAGUACAGUUAGAUAUUGGCGUAAGUGCGGCGCGCAUGCAAACGCUACAUGUUAACGGUGCAGUGCGAGCAACAGAUUAGCGAAUGCGGUGCUUGAAAGCGUGCUAUGUAUUAAGUGACGUUCUAAACGCUUUAUUUUGAAAAUUAAACUUUUUUUUCGAAAACUUGUGCAUUUGAAAUUGAAUUUUUUUUAUUGCGUUCACGCUUUUAUUGCUUGAAAGUCAAUCAGCUACGUUGUACCUACCACUUAGCGGCUGUUAACAAACAAAAUUGAAACAAAAUUGCAGCGCUCAUUUUGCAGAGGCAACAACAACAGCGUUAAAGCUCGAAAUAAAGUAUUAAAAAGCUAUUAUUAACGUUUGGGCAUUGGCAAUUAGCAGAAUGUCAACGAAAUAUAAUUUACGAGCUUGCACGAGUGCAACACUGUCACUUUCACUGCUGCUCCUAGUGGGCUACGGCAGCGCGCUGUACUCCUGGUGCGAUCCGACCUUAUGCGAGCGCGGCGUGCGACACUUGGCCUGUCGCAAUAAUGGUGAUUUUGCCAAACGCUGCGCAUCCGAUGCCAUUGAGUUGGACAUUUCCGAUUAUAAGGAUCAAUUUGUGCACGAGCACAAUAAGCGAAGAAAUUUCCUAGCGCUCGGUUUGCUGCCCGGCUACUAUCCCGCAGCGCGCAUGGCCACAAUGAUUUGGGAUGAUGAGCUACAAUAUUUGGCAUCACUCAAUUUACGCACUUGUAUACUAGACCAUGACUCUUGCCAUACCACUUACCGUUUUCAGUAUUCCGGCCAAAAUCUCUGCGGCGUUGUGCGUGAUCGCAAUCCAAAUGUGAAUGUGAGCGGAAUUAUCGAAGAAGUGAUGGGUUUGUGGUUCAAUGAGUAUCCAUUGAUCGAUAGCAGUUAUAUAAGGAAAUUCCGCGUGACCAAGUACUUUGAGGACUACGGUCACUUCGCUGAGAUUGCCGUCGAUCGUAAUACACACGUGGGUUGUGGUAUUAUACGCUUCACACGCCCCGAUGUACCCUACGUCUACAUCUACAACAUGGUCUGUAAUUAUGCGUCAAUUUAUGCCUUGGACACACCCGUUUACACAGUGGGCCAACCCGGUUCACGCUGUCUGGCGGGUAAAAACCCCUAUUAUCCCGGUUUAUGCUCCGAAAAGGAGCAGAUCAAUCCGAAUUAUUAAGAGCCAGUGCUUUUAUGUAGUUAUAGUAGUGAUUAAUGCUAAGUUUAACACAAAUAAAUGCUUGUGAAUAGUUAAUAAAAAAAUUAUAAUAAAUAAAAAAUUUUAUGUAAUAAACAACAAAAAAUAGCUGACAAAUUUAAA